GAAAAGGAGAGUAUAAAAUUCUUAUAAGAGCAAAAGCUGAUUCUUGAUUGUUUCUGAAUUGAAUAAUACUACUGUUUGCCUAUCUUUUCUCCCUUUUUCUACCUAUAAACAGAGCAUUCUUGCACGGUUUCAGCUUCAUUGAGUAACAAACUCCCUGUUGAAAACUGUCUCAAAACUUUUAGCACCAAAAAGGGUUUUGAUUCUUGCCAGCUCUGUGUGUUUGUGGGAUAGUGAGAGUGCUAUUCUUGGUGAGUUUGUUUGGGAUUGGUUUUGGGGUUCUUGAAAUGUUUGAUCAUUGGUUUCAGCUGGGCUUUGUGUUGUGUUGAUUCUUGAAUUAGUUACUGCAGUACUUUUGUAGAAGAUUUGGGAUUUGGGGUUCUGCGAUGGGGGAUUUUGGAUUUUAUAUGGUGAUCUUUUGUGGGUUUUUGUUUUAGGAAUUUUUCGAUGGCGGUGAUGACGAAUGGAUUUCUUGAAGGCAGUCUGCCUGAGGAAUUGAUGCAGCUGCUAUUGUCACUUGCUUCAAAUUGGGGAGAUGUGAUUGAUAUUAGUACUUUGAAAGUAGUUCAUCUGAGUGGCGCCAUGACUAAUGAGGUUUAUAGAAUUAGUUGGCCAACGAAUACGGAAAAUGUUCCAAGAACGGUUUUGGUUCGGAUUUAUGGUGAUGGGGUCGAACUUUUCUUCAACCGGGAUGAGGAAAUUCGGACUUUUGAGUGUCUGUCGAUGCACGGUUACGGGCCGAAGCUUCUUGGUCAGUUCCGGGAGGGGAGAGUUGAGGAGUUCAUUCAUGCCAGGACGCUAUCAGCCGUAGACCUUCGUGAUCCAGAAAUAUCUGACCUCAUAGCAGCAAAAAUGAGAGAGUUUCAUAAUCUUGAUAUGCCCGGUCCAAAGAACGUUCUGCUGUGGGACAGAAUGAGGAACUGGCUUAGCGAGGCGAAAUGCUUGUGCUCUACUGAUCAUGUAAAGGAAUAUAACUUGGAUCGCUUUGAAAAGGAGAUCAGCCUACUAGAGAAGUCAAUAUCAGGAAGCCAUCAAGAGAUUGGUUUUUGCCACAACGACCUGCAAUAUGGUAACAUAAUGAUCGAUGAACAGAGGCGAUCCAUCACUAUAAUCGAUUAUGAAUAUGCGAGUUACAAUCCUGUUGCAUAUGAUAUCGCGAAUCACUUCUGCGAGAUGGCUGCAAAUUAUCACACGGAUACGCCUCAUAUCUUGGAAUACAGCAAAUAUCCUGGUCUAGAGGAGCGUCGAAGAUUUGUGCAACAAUACCUCAGAUCAGCAGGGGAUGAACCUAGUGACGCGGCCAUCGAGCAGCUUGCAGAUGAUGUAGAGAAGUACACUCUUGCAAACCACAUUUUCUGGGGACUAUGGGGGCUAAUCUCGGCAUAUGUGAACCACAUCGAGUUCGACUACAAGGAGUAUGCGAGGCAAAGGUUUGAGCAGUACUGGUCGAGAAAGCGUGAGAUCUUGGAUGUGAAAGGAGUUGAUGGUUUUGUAGAGCAGAGAAAGUGUGAUCUUUAGUCCAUUUGCAAAAUUGGAUGUAUAUAGUCUACUGUUACUCUACUCAGUAAUAUGUUUGUAGUUGAGAAAAUGCUCUGCAUGAAUGUAACUUAGUAGAUGUUUCAAGUGAAUAUCACUGAUUUUUGUUUGUCUACACAACAGUUGUGUAAUGAUUUUUCAUGUGGAAAAAGCUCUGGUUCUUAUCAAAA